AUGCACGAGGCGCUUAAGGAACGGCCUGUCAAAGGAACAACAGCGGCUGUAGCCAUUUUGGAUGAGUCAUCCAAAAUUCUUGAGGUUCAGAAGAUAAAACAACUUAGUGAGUUGCACAACUUUAGAUACGAAGAGAGUGGGAUAAGAGUGUGGAAAGCUUACGCUGUUGGGGUCGGAAGGCUUAUCCCUUGGCAAUCUUUGCACAUACGGAAACCAGGGCUGCACACAUAUAUCAUUAAUGGAGGGAAAAGGAUUCUUCACCAACACAGAAAUAAGAGACCUUCAUCGCCCAAGAAAGUGUCAAGCAACUAA